GCCGAGGAGGAGCACGCCGGUGCGGCUGGCAGCGAGAAGGAGGAGGCCGAGGAGGAGGAGGAGGAAGAGGAGGAGGAGUAUGACGAGGAAGAAGAGGAGGAAGAUGACGACCGACCGGCCAAAAAGCCGCGCCAUGGCGGCUUCAUCCUGGAUGAAGCUGACGUGGACGACGAGUACGAGGAUGAGGACCAGUGGGAGGACGGGGCCGAGGACAUCCUGGAGAAAGAAGAGAUCGAAGCUUCCAACAUUGAUAACGUGGUGCUGGAUGAGGAUCGCUCCGGCGCUCGACGGCUGCAGAACCUCUGGAGGGACCAGCGUGAGGAAGAGUUGGGCGAGUAUUAUAUGAAGAAAUACGCCAAGUCCUCGGUGGGAGAGACCGUUUACGGUGGCUCUGACGAGCUCUCAGACGACAUCACGCAACAGCAGCUGCUGCCUGGAGUCAAGGACCCCAAUCUCUGGACCGUGAAGUGCAAGAUAGGCGAGGAGCGUGCCACGGCCAUCGCCCUCAUGCGGAAAUUCAUCGCUUACCAGUUCACCGACACGCCCCUGCAGAUCAAGUCGGUGGUGGCCCCCGAGCACGUCAAGGGUUACAUCUACGUGGAAGCCUACAAGCAGACGCACGUCAAGCAGGCGAUCGAGGGGGUGGGCAACCUGCGCAUGGGCUACUGGAACCAGCAGAUGGUCCCCAUCAAGGAGAUGACCGACGUCCUCAAGGUGGUGAAGGAGGUCACCAACCUCAAGCCCAAAUCUUGGGUGCGCCUCAAGAGGGGGAUCUACAAGGAUGACAUCGCCCAGGUGGAUUAUGUGGAGCCCAGCCAGAACCAGAUUUCCCUCAAGAUGAUCCCCCGCAUCGACUUCGACCGGAUCAAAGCCCGCAUGAGCCUGAAAGACUGGUUCGCCAAGAGGAAGAAGUUCAAGCGACCCCCGCAGCGGCUUUUCGAUGCCGAGAAGAUCCGGUCCCUGGGAGGUGACGUGGCAUCCGACGGGGACUUUCUCAUCUUCGAAGGCAACCGUUACAGCCGCAAGGGAUUCCUCUUCAAGAGCUUUGCCAUGUCGGCCGUGAUAACAGAGGGCGUGAAGCCCACUCUGUCAGAGCUGGAGAAGUUCGAGGACCAACCCGAAGGCAUCGACCUGGAGGUGGUAACGGAAAGCACAGGGAAGGAACGAGAGCACAACUUCCAGCCUGGUGACAACGUGGAGGUGUGCGAGGGUGAGCUGAUCAACCUUCAGGGCAAAAUCCUCAGCGUUGACGGCAACAAGAUCACCAUCAUGCCCAAACACGAGGACUUGAAGGACAUGCUGGAGUUCCCAGCUCAGGAGCUGCGGAAGUAUUUCAAGAUGGGUGACCACGUCAAAGUGAUCGCGGGGCGUUUUGAGGGCGACACGGGGCUUAUCGUGAGGGUGGAGGAAAACUUCGUCAUCCUCUUCUCCGACCUCACCAUGCACGAGCUCAAGGUUCUGCCACGAGACCUGCAGCUCUGCUCAGAGACGGCGUCUGGCGUGGACGUGGGGGGGCAGCACGAGUGGGGUGAGCUGGUGCAGCUGGAUCCCCAAACCGUGGGUGUCAUCGUCCGUCUGGAGCGGGAGACCUUCCAGGUGCUGAACAUGUACGGGAAGGUGGUGACGGUGCGGCACCAGGCUGUCACCAGGAAGAAGGACAACCGCUUCGCCGUUGCCCUCGACUCGGAGCAGAACAACAUCCACGUCAAGGACAUCGUCAAAGUCAUAGAUGGGCCUCACUCGGGCCGCGAGGGGGAGAUCCGGCACCUCUUUCGGGGCUUCGCCUUCCUGCACUGCAAGAAGCUGGUGGAGAACGGCGGCAUGUUCGUCUGCAAGACCCGGCACCUCGUCCUGGCGGGCGGCUCCAAGCCACGGGACGUCACCAACUUCACCGUGGGUGGCUUCGCCCCCAUGAGUCCCCGUAUCAGCAGCCCGAUGCACCCCAGCGGGGCUGGCCAACGCGGUGGUUUCGGCGGCGGCGGCAUGAGCCGUGGCCGCGGGCGGCGGGAUAACGACCUCAUUGGGCAGACGGUGCGCAUCUCCCAAGGACCCUACAAAGGCUACAUCGGGGUGGUGAAGGACGCGACGGAGUCGACGGCCCGCGUGGAGCUGCACUCCACCUGUCAGACCAUCUCGGUGGACCGCCAGCGCCUGACCACUGUGGGCUCACGGCGCCCGGGUGGGAUGACGUCGGCCUACGGGCGCACCCCCAUGUACGGCUCGCAGACCCCCAUGUACGGCUCCGGCUCCCGCACCCCCAUGUAUGGCUCGCAGACCCCCCUGGGGACACAGAGCCGCACGCCGCACUACGGCUCCCCAACCCCCCCGCACGACGGGAGCCGCACACCCGCCCAGAGCGGCGCCUGGGACCCCAACAACCCCAACACACCCUCCAGGGCCGACGAGGACUUCGAGUAUGGCUUUGAUGACGAGCCCACGCCCUCGCCACAGGGCUACGGGGGCACCCCCAACCCGCAGACCCCCGGCUACCCUGACCCUUCGUCCCCCCAGGUCAACCAGCCCUACAACCCCCAGACCCCCGGCACGCCGGCCAUGAGUGCUCCCUCUGCCCCACCGCAGGCCCCGGGGGACCCCGAACCGCAGCUCGGGGGGGAAACUGCUCCUGGGGGACCCCAAACCACCUAUAGCCCCCCUACCCCCUCUAACGCUGCCUCCUCUCUCUCCUGCCAGGCCAGCCCCAGCCCCAGCCCGGUGGGCUACAGCCCCAUGACUCCCGGGGCCCCCUCCCCGGGGGGGUACAACCCCCACACCCCCGGAUCGGGGAUCGAGCAGAGCUCCAGCGACUGGGUGACCACCGACAUCCAGGUGAAGGUCCGUGACACCUACCUGGACAGUCAGGCGGUGGGACAGACCGGUGUCAUCCGCAGCGUUACGGGCGGGAUGUGCUCUGUCUACCUGAAGGACAGCGAGAAGGUGGUGAGCAUCUCCAGCGAGCACCUGGAGCCCGUCACCCCCACCAAGAGCAACAAGAUCCCCGAUGAGUUCGAUGGCGACCCCGUGGGCAUCCAGCAGCUCCGCAGGACCUACAAGUACUUCAAGGACUACAGGCAGAUGAUCAUCGAGCCCACCAGCCCCAAGCUGCUGCCGGACCCCCUCUCCGAUGACCGUGCGCUCUACGACCUCCCCGCUUUCCUCAAAACCAUUGCCCUCAGCGGGGUGGAAGAUGUCCGGACGGUGCUGGAGAAUUACGCGCUGGAGGAGGAUCCGCUGGCGGCUUUUAAACGACGCCGGUCGCAGCUGGAGGAGGAGGAGCAGCAGCGCCUGGCCGAGCUGGCGCAGGGCAAGAAGCCGACGGGGCUCUUCCUGGGUGCCCUGGCCGGCCGUCUCUGGCCGCGCUCCAAGCAGCAGUGA